AUGGCCGGCAACGUGGGUGACAGUGUCCGGACCGGGGGGACGGCACGCAGCCCCCAUGAGUCCCCCUCUGCGGCGGAGGCCCCCGGCGGGCAGGAGGAAGCCAAAGCCGGUGACCCCAAGAAGGUGGAGGAGGAGGAGAUCGACAUCGACCUGAGCGCGCCUGAGACGGAGAAAGCCGCGCUUGCCAUCCAGGGCAAAUUCCGCCGCUUCCAGAAGCGGAAGAAGGAGUCAGGGCCCUGAGAGGCUCCGGGGUCCCGGGACCCCCGGCCCACGGCGGACGCCCCGCUCUUGCACGUGGGCACGGUCCCAUCCUGACUUCAGCCAUGCCGGGGCUGCCUCGUCCUCUGCGAGUGGGGUUGGGGGGGCUUGGCCCUUCCCUACCCCUCGCCCACCCCUGAGCCAGGACCCUGAGUGAAGCUGGGGGGUCGAUGUGGGGGGACACAGCUGAGUCCUGUGUCACCUGGAGUGGAGGUGGCCCUCGUGCGAGGGGAUGGCAUGGAAAUGCCCUUUUCCCUGGGGCAGCCUCCAUUUCCCCAUCUGUGGCGAUGAUGCUGGCUGCCGGGGACGUGGCGGGGGGGGACCGGUGUCCCCUGAGCGAGGGAAGCCCCUGUCCCGUCCCAGGAGGUGGGACACUGUGGGGAGGACAGGUCUCGCUGCAGGCUGCAGCCCACCACGGGAAACCGGGGCUCCCCCGGCACAGAGUGCUCCCCAUCCUCGCACUGCCCCCUCCCCACGCCCUUGUCAUUGUCACCGUCCCCUCCCCUGGGGGGGCUUUUAGCAUGUGUAAAGAAUAAACC